AUGGGGCAAGGUGUCCCAAAGAUGGACAAAAAGAUACUUUUCGUCCCUCAACUAUGGGAUUCUGUACAAGUGAACAAAAUGGUGAAGACUAGAGCUAAUCGACAUCGUCUAACCCAGAUUGAGGACUAUACCAAUUCUGAUAAUGAGGUUGGUAGUGAAGACAUAGAAGAAGAGUUUCUGCCAGAGGACUCAUCAUCUGAAGAUGAUGAAGAAGUGAUUGUUGCACGAGAAAAAAUUAAGGUGUAUAGGAGGGGUUGGAGAGGUGUUGCUUUGCUGAAUGAUAGUGACAAUGAAAAAGAUGCUGGUGACAAUCAGGGAGAAACUUUAGGUAGGAAUGAUGAAGAUUCUGGUGACAAUGAGGGAGUUGUUGGAGGUGAAAAUGCUGAUGUUGAAGGUGAUGAGUCUGAUAGGGAACAUAGUUCCUACAUUGAUUCAUCUGAUCCUGGCAGCUACAUUGAUAGCACAGAUGAGGAACCUGAAGUGAGGGAUGAUGCUGUUAGGAGAAAAAGCAGAUUUCCUUCAUUCAAAAAGCAAAAAGGUAUACCUAUAUUUGAGUUGAGUAUGUUGUUUGAUAGUAAUGAUGAAUUUAAGGAUGCUAUUAACAGUUAUGCAAUACUGACUAGGCAUGAUAUAAGGUUCACCAAGAAUGAGCCUAAUAGGUGUAGAGCUAAAUGUAAGGGAUCUUUUGAUUGUCCAUGGAUAAUAUUUGCCUCGUACAAUAGAGAUAUUGGUAGUUUUCAGGUGAAAACAUACGUCAAUGAGCAUAGUUGUGAACAAAAAAGGGGGUUGAAGAGAUUAACAUCAAAGUUUUUGUACAAUAAGUUCUAUGGAUUCAUUACUGCCCAUCCUGAUAUCAAGUUAAGGUAUCUGAAGGCCUUUAUAAAACAAAGUUUAUCAUUAGAUGUGAAAAUGCAACAAUGUAAAAGGUUGAAGAAGAGUGUGUUAGCUGACAUGGAAGGAGAUUGUAUCAAAGAAUAUGCAAAGCUUAGGGAUUAUGCUGAAGAGCUAAUUGUGUCUAACCCUGGUACUAUUGUUGAUAUAUUGACUGAUAGGCAGAAUGAGGGGGAUCUUGGUUUAUUCAAAGCUUUUUAUUGUUGUUUUAAAAGUUGCAAACAGGGUAUUCUAAAUCGUUGUAGACCAGUAUUGGGGGUGGAUGGUUGUUUUUUGAAGGGGCUUGUGAAAGGAGAGCUUCUAACAGCAAUUGGUCGUGAUGGAAAUAACCAAAUGUUCCCUGUGGCAUGGGCUGUGGUUCUUGUUGAGAACACAGAUACUUGGACAUGGUUUUUGAACCUUUUGAGGCAUGACUUGGGCACAGUUGAAGGAGAAGGUUGGACAAUAAUUAGUGACCGACAAAAGGGUUUGGUAUCUGCAGUUGCUGACACAUGGUCUAAGGCAGAGCACAGAUUCUAUUGUAGACACCUUUACGCCAAUUGGUGCAAGACACACCCUGGAAGGCAUUUGAAAAAAUUAUUCUGGACACUUGCAAAAUCUACAAACAAGGUUGAGUUUGAGGAGAGGUAUAAAGACAUUGAGAAAGUUAAUCCAGUUGUUGCUAAAGAUUUGAAGCUGGUUGAUCCAAAAUACUGGUGCAAGGCAUUCUUCAGUCCUUUGCCUAGGUGUGACAAUUGUGACAACAAUCUGUGUGAAGCAUUUAAUAGCACAAUAUUGGAAGCAAGGACUAAAUCAAUCAUAUCUAUGCUUGAAGACAUUGGAAGGGGGGUUAUGAGAAGAAUUAGAGACCAGAGAGUGGGGGUGUCUUCAUGGAAACAUGAUUAUGGUCCACUGAUUCAUAAAAAGUUGCAGGAAAAUGUGAAGGAGAGUCAUAUUUGGGUGGCUGAGUGGAAUGGAGGUGGAAGUUAUGAGGAUAAAUGUGGGAGGAGGCAGUUUGUUGUGAUAUUGAGGGAUGGUGUGUGCACAUGA